AUGAAGUUAAGAGAGCACUUGAUGAGAGAGCGGCCUGCUAUUUACUGUCUUGACCAUCUGGACGAUAUCAAGCAUGCUCGUAUGGCCUAUGCAUAUCUUUCCGACGACAUACGCAACGACACAUCGAGAGACGGGGUUCUUGAAUUAUGGCUCCAGACUUGCGACAUCGCUGCAGGCGAAAUACAAGCCCUCUGCCAUCGCGCAGGUAUAUUGGAGUCGAAAGAGGAGGGUUCAAGGGGUUCGCUUGCGAACCUGAGAAGUAUCGCAUUUCCAAGAUUCUCAACGGGUUCAUCUGACAGUGUGGCAUUGCUCCAGAAAGCGCGCAAGGAUGCUGAAGAGAUGAUCAGUUUCUUAUCCGAUCAGCCCAUGUGUGCGCAAGAAGCGUCGCUAGCUUCAAAAAAAUGGCAGCUUGAAGUUGGCAAGCUCAAAUCUCUGUUGAGCUUCAGGGCACAUGUCGUUUGCAAAGCCCUUGGGGAUAUAGACGCCGCCAUUGGAUACCUCAAGGAAGCGAUCAAGCAUGACCCUAACUGUGCAGAGAACCCAGAGGACCGACCCCCAACAAAGUGGGUCUUUGGUGUUGGUAGCUGGACACAUCCUCGGUCUGUCUACACUCGUGGAACGCCACUCAGUAACGUAUACCUCGUAGAGAACCCAGUAGAGAUGCUGGACAACCUGAAAGCCGAGCGUGGAACAAGCAGCGAAGAGGACGCCUCCAGAGUGGUACGAUGGGAGGUCCGUAUGUAA